CCACAACAUGCCUGAGUCUCUGCUCUGGAGCGCACUAAGACCCGGGAGACAACUUCCGCUUGAGCUGGUUUGUUGCCGGAAGUGGGGGCCGGCGGCGGUGGAGGAUGGUGUGUGAGAAAUGUGAAAAGAAGCUGGGAAGAGUUAUUACACCAGAUACUUGGAAAGAUGGAUCAAGGAACACGAUGGAAAGCGGUGGCCGCAAGAUCAAUGAAAACAAGGCGUUGACUUCUAAAAAAGCAAGGUUUGAUCCUUACGGAAAGAGCAGAUUUUCAGUAUGUCGUAUCUGUAAAAGUGCAGUUCACCAGGCUGGUUCUAAUUACUGUCAAGGAUGUGCAUACAAAAAAGGCAUCUGUGCAAUGUGCGGCAAAAAAAUCUUGGAUACUAAAAACUACAAGCAGACAUCUGUCUAACUUCAUAUUAAAGAUGCUGAUGGGUAUGUUGGUUAUCAUGGAAACCGAUGACCAAUAUGACCGUGAGCACGUUAAUAAUUAUACAUUACGAAUCUGUAUGGGGUACUAUACCUGCAUAUUUUGAAAGUAGAAGACUGUCAAUUAAACAAAACUUCUCAACUAAGUUUAUAUGUUCAGUAACAUUUAUUAGUAUGUAUAUUUUAAUGUAUUUUUUAAAAAGUAUGGUGAUUUCACUACAGCCUGACAGGUGAUAACAUGUCGAAGUGAAGUUGUGGCACUACAAUCACCUGAGCUGGAAACUGGCAAUAAGUGAUAGCAGUGAAGUGUAGAGUGAAUGAUGCUGUAUGAGUUCCUUUCACUGGAGUAAAUGGAAAAAGUUCCUGGCAGUAAAUACUCUGAAAAUGGAGAAAGUAAUUGGAGAAUUAGAAAGACAUAAUGGACAACUUGUACUGUUAACUAGAAGUGGUCUGUUAUCCGUGACUAUACUUUGGGAAUUUCUGAAUAGAAUUUUUCUUCUUGAUUUGCUAUCUUGAUUUCACUCUGUUCUAGCUUGGUGAGAUAAAUUAAGAUAUCUGUAAUUUGUGCUUUUGCAUUACUAAAAUCAAUAUAUUUAGUUAA